CCCCGCAACACAAUCUUCUUCCACAUUUAACUCUCCUCCAUUGUUUCUGUCACAUUCCAAUUCUCUCUUGCUCCCCGUAACGCUUUUCUUUCAUUUUCACUUUCUUUCCCUUCCAACUUUUUUUCUCCUCUUGUUCCUUUUAUGCAUUGCGUUCUCCAUUGACACUUUUUCUUGUGUUGUAAAGAUUGUAUAUUCUGGAAGAAAUACCAUGGAAUCUAAACACUUUGACUCCAAUGGGGAAGUCUCUCUAAAGCAAAAAUCAAAAUCCAUUUCAGCUGAGCCAACAGUCUCUACGUGUGAAAAUGAUUGCUUUGAUUGCAAUAUUUGUUUGGAAGCAGCAUAUGACCCUGUGGUUACACUCUGUGGUCACCUUUACUGUUGGCCAUGCAUAUACAAGUGGCUGCAUGUUCAAAACUCAUCUGUUGAACCAGACCAGCCGCAGACAUGCCCAGUUUGUAAAUCUAAGAUCUCUCACACCUUAGUAGUCCCUCUCUAUGGCCGUGGAACAUCAAAUUCAGAAUCAAAGGCCAAGAAACUCCAGAUGAGUCUUGGAAUACCUCACAGGCCACCUCCUUACAACUUGAAUGAUUUGUUAACUUCUUCUGCUCGUGCACCAGCACAUUCUGGCCACCAACUUCAUCCAAGUUAUUUCCAAUCACAGCCAAGACCAUUUCAUUAUCAGCAGUACUUCCCUCACCUCUAUGAAAGCUAUGGCACCAAUGGAUUGCCUUAUCUUGGAGGUGCUGCUAUGACUAGCUUCUUUAAUCCUAUGAUUGGUAUGUUUGGUGAGAUGGUCUUGACAAGAAUUUUUGGGGUCUCAGAUGCAAACUUGUUUUCAUACCCACAUAAUGGAAAUGGCAGUCCUAGAAUGAGAAGGCAAGAAAUGCAGAUUGACAAGUCCCUGAACAGACUUUCCAUCUUUCUCCUAUGUUGUAUAAUUUUGUGUCUUCUAUUAUUCUGAAGACAUUUUACUGCACACACUGUAUAGGCACUCAUGUUCAUCUCUGAAUAUUUAUAUUGUUAGGAUCUACCAAUAGGUUGUUCCAUCAUGUGGAUAGUAGAUUUUAGAAAAUAUAUUGUGAUUAUGAUAUCGGUCUUGUUAUUUUAUGAUGAUUAACUAUGGCAUGCAUGUAACUAGAUGGAAGUUUAUGUUCCUGCUGUGGUGCCAAAUGACCUACAAACCAGAUGGAGCAGUUAGUAAGAGGUAUGGUGAAGAAGAAUUCUUAGAGUUUCAAGAGGCUUCAAACGUGACCAUGAAAAUAUGUUCUCUCCCUUCCCUCCUUUGUGUUGAAUCAAUUUGUAUUGGAACUUGUUUAUUCCUAA